AGCAGCGGGCACCGGGCCACCAGGCGGGGCGACAGGCAUCAGGCCCCCAGGCGGAGCGACAGGCAUCGGGCCCCCAGGAGGGGUGACAGGCAUCGGGCCCCCAGGCGGGGCGACAGGCAUCGGGCCCCCAGGCGGGGCGACAGGCAUCGGGCCCCCAGGCAGAGCGGCGGGCACCGGGCCCCCAGGAGGGGCGACAGGCAUCGGGCCCCCAGGUGGGGUGACAGGCACCGGGCCCCCAGGCGGGGCAACAGGCAUCGGGCCCCCAGGAGGGGCGACAGGCAUCAGGCCCCCAGGCGGAGCGGCGGGCACCGGGCCCCCAGGAGGGGCGACAGGCAUCGGACCCCCAGGCGGGGCGACAGGCAUUGGGCCCCCAGGCGGAGCGGCAGGCACCGGGCCCCCAGGAGGGGCGGCAGACACCGGGCCCCCAGGUGGGGCGGCGGGCACCGGGUCAUCAGGCACCACAACGGGCAUCGGGUCACCAGGCAUCAGGCACGACAGUGGCCUCCGAGUCAACUGGCA